AUAAUAUAUAUUUUGCACAUUAAAACGACGUAGUUUUGGGGAUGAAUUUAUUGUUAGAUCUUAAACCCUAACCUAAGCCCCUUUCUCCUCAUAAUCAUAUCUCUCUCCUCUUUGUUGUCUCACAGUUUCUCCGCCGUGAGUCGUCGCCUUCCGCCGCGUUUUGUCUUUUCACAUUGAUUUGGUUUGUGAAGUGUUUGAAGGUUGGUCUUUUCAACAACAAAGAGCAACAGAAAAGUUAGUGAAAAACCAUGAGAAAGCUAAGUUUCCACGAGAAAAAGCUACUGAAGAAAGUCAACUUCUUGGAAUGGAAGAGCGAAGGAGGUCACAGAGAGUCUCAUGUAAUGCAGCGCUACCAUGUUACUGGUCGUGACGAUUAUAAGAAGUAUUCGGGUUUGUGUCGGAUGGUGCAUAAAUUGGUAAACGUAUUGAUGAAGAUGGAUGGAAGAGACCCUUUUCGUAUUCAGAUGACUGAUAUGCUCUUGGAGAAGAUGUACAACAUUGGUGUGAUACCAUCUAGGCAAAGCUUGGCUUUGUGCGAGCGCUUAACUGUCUCUGCUUUCUGCAGACGAAGGCUUUCGACAAUUCUGGUGCGGUUGAAGUUUGCCGAGCACUUGAAGGAGGCUGUGACAUACAUCGAGCAAGGGCAUAUACGAGUCGGUCCAGACACUAUCACCGAUCCAGCGUUCCUUGUGACAAGGAAUAUGGAAGAUUUCAUUACAUGGGUCGAUUCAUCUAAGAUAAAGAGGAAGGUGUUGGAAUACAAUGACAAGUUGGAUGACUACGACGCAAUGAACUGAAGAUAGCGCCUGCAGGUUGUUGCGGCUAUAGGCAAGAUAGUAUGUCAAAAAAGAAAACGGCAUUGAUUAGGCUUUUUAAAACCCCAUUUAGCUUCACCGGGCAAUGAGUUUUGAAGAAGCAGAUGAAAUCUGCCACCAGAUAGAGCGAUAGUGCCCUAGGCUUCGGAAAAUCCUCUCACUUGUUUUUCUUUCUAAACAAUCUUUCAGAGCCAUGUGAUGGUAAAAUAGCUAUAAAUAUCUCAAAUUUUACUUUGGAAUUGGACGAUUCAAAAUGUUAUGAAAAACUUAAACGAGUAUUUAUAGUUUUUGUGCUUUAAA